GUUAUAUACUUCUAGAGAGAGAAAGAGAGAGAGAUGUUAUAGAUAUAGAGCGAGAAACAAGGCGCGGAGAAGCCGUCCGAAAACAAGAGAUAGAAAAAAAGCUUUGUAUUUUCUUCUUCUCCUCUCUGCUCAAAGCCUUUUCUUCCUAGUCCCAAUUUCUAGGGCACAAUCCAAAGAUCGAAAGACCUCAUCGAUAAUCUAGAAAGGGAAUUAUUGUAUUUGUUUGACUGGCAUUUUUGAUUCCCUCCCCUUAACAGAAAUUGAUUCGUAAUAUACAUAUAUUUAUAUUUAUUAUCUAAAGAUCAGAUUAAUUUCUGGGAUUAUCAGAAUUGGGUUGAAUAUAUAGAUACACGCGUACGCAUAUCUAUAUACACAGAUCUUGCCGCUCCUUGUCCCUAAUUUCACUCCGUCUGAUCACAUUUAAUUUUCUCUUCGCCCUUUUUUGUUUUCAUGUAUGCCUGUAAAUUAAAAAUUGGGAAAUGAGCUGGGAGAUCCUUCUAGACAAAAUCUAGAAGGGUUUAGAUUUUGGAUCUGAUCGUUGGUGUUUGGAGAAGGCGAAGUCUCGUUCCUCGGAUGAGAGAGUUGUUUUGUUUAUAUUAUUAUAUAUAUAUAUUUUACCAUUAAUAAUUAUCUUCAGUUGAGAUUUCUGCUCGGUUUUUGAUUUGGGAAUCAAGUGGGAAGAAAACGAUGAAAUGGGUAACAUUGCUUAAAGACUUGAAGGAAAAAGUUGGACUUUCACAGGCUCCGGCACCACCCUCGUCAACUCCACCCUCUCCGCCCUUCAGAGAAAGCAGCAGCAGCAGCAGCAAUGUCUACGAUUCGUCACCGUCCAACCAAGACCUUUGGACAUUACCUUCAAGAGACAAACAAGAUUUGGAAUUGGAUUUCAAGAGAUAUUGGGAAGAAUUCCGUUCAUCUAGUUCUGAAAAGGAGAAGGAGAAGGCCUUGAAUUGGACUGUAGAAAUUUUUUGUAGAUUAGAGAAGCAACACACAAAUGUUGCACAAUUAAUUUCCAUGUUAGUAGAGACACACAUUUUUUCUUUUGUUGUCGGAAGGGCAUUUGUAACAGAUAUAGAAAAGCUGAAGUUUAGCAGUAAAACAAGAGCUUUGGAAGCUGAGAAAGUUUUGAUAUUUUUCUCAGAAACUACAAAGGAUGGCUUUAGACCAGGUGCAAAUCUACUACACGCAGUGGAAGUGCUCGUAUCUGGGCCGAUUGAUAAACAAUCAUUCCUUGAUUCUGGGAUCUUAUGCUGUCUCAUUCAUGUUCUAAGUGCACUUCUUUCUCCUGUUGGGACCAGUCAUUCAAAAAAGCCAAAUAAUAAUGAGGAUUUGCUGCGAGUAGAUAUAAAUAAUGAUGCUGAAACAAGACCUGUUCGUCAGCUUGAGGUUGAGGGCAGUGUUGUGCAUAUUAUGAAAGCAUUGUCGAGCCAUCCAUCAGCUGCUCAAAGUCUUAUAGAGGAUAAUUCACUCCAGUUACUAUUUCAAAUGGUUGCGUAUGGUUCUUUAGUAGUGUUUUCUCAAUACAAGGAGGGUCUUGUUCCCCUGCAUUCAAUUCAGCUUCAUAGACAUGCCAUGCAGAUUCUUGGCCUUCUCUUGGGUAAUGACAAUGGUUGCACUGCCAAGUAUAUACGCAAGCACCACCUGAUAAGAGCGCUUCUGAUGGCUAUUAAGGAUUUCAAUCCUGACUGCGGGGAUCCUGCCUACACUAUGGGAAUUGUGGACUUGCUUCUUGAAUGUGUUGAAGUUUCUUAUAGACCUGAGGCUGGUGGUAUCAGUCUCAGGGAGGACAUUCAUAAUGCUCAUGGCUAUCACUAUCUGGUCCAGUUUGCUUUGACUCUGUCCAAGAACAGAGGUGUUCAAACUUUCUAUUCCAUACCCGCUGAUGAUUCUGCCUCAGACAGUUCACAUGCAGCAGGGGGGUUGGAGAGAAAAAACUCAAGAGAAAAAGGAGAAAAUAACUCACCACGGAGUCUCUCUCCAACACUUAGUAGACUUCUUGAUGUCAUUAUUACUUUUGCGCAAACAGGUCCAUCAGAUGCUCAGAUAUCAGUUGGACUAAAAGCUUCAAAAAGCUCUUAUGCAAAGCAUAACGGGCAUGGAAGAAGCCGUACAUCAUCCUCUGACCGAAUUGCUGAUGAUAUGUGGGAGAAGGAUAAGGACAAAGUCAGAGAUCUAGAAGCUGUACAAAUGUUGCAGGACAUCUUAAUCAAAGCAGAAAGUACAGAAUUGCAGGCUGAAGUGCUGAAUAGAAUGUUUAAGAUGUUCUCCAGUCAUCUUGAGAACUACACGAUGUGUCAGCAAUUGAGAACUGUUCCUCUCUUAAUCCUUAAUAUGGCUGGUUUCCCUUUGUCUCUGCAAGAGAUAAUCUUGAAAAUUCUUGAAUAUGCAGUGACUGUCGUGAAUAUUAUCCCCGAACAAGAGUUGCUUUCACUUUGCUGCUUACUACAGCAACCAAUAACUUCAGAAUUGAAACAUACAAUUCUGUCUUUUUUUGUAAAACUCUUAUCAUUUGACCAACAGUACAAGAAAAUUCUAAGAGAAGUUGGUGUGCUGGAGGUUUUGUUAGAUGAUUUGAAGCAGAACAAAUUUCUUCUGGGGCCUGAGCAGCUUACUGGGGACGAAGGUCAAUUGGACAGAAAAACUAGUCCUACCAGCUUCAAGAAACACUUGGACAACAAGGAUGCAAUUCUUUCUUCUCCAAAACUCUUAGAAUCUGGUUCUGGAAAAUUUCCUCUUUUUGAGGUAGAGGGUACUAUCUCAGUUGCUUGGGAUUGUUUGGUCUCAUUAUUAAAGAAAGCAGAAGCCAGUCAGGCAUCAUUUCGUGCUGUUAAUGGUGUGGCUAUUGCACUUCCGUUUUUGGCCUCUGAUAUACACCGCUCAGGGGUCCUUAGGGUGUUGUCAUGUUUAAUCAUUGAAGAUGUCAAACAGGCUCAUCCGGAAGAAUUAGGCGCAUUGGUUGAAACUUUGAAAAGUGGGAUGGUUACUAGUGCUUUGGGAUCCCAAUACGCACUUCAAGAUGACGCCAAAUGUGAUGCCUUAGGAGCCUUGUGGCGCAUAUUGGGAGUUAAUAGCUCAGCCCAGAGGGUUUUUGGUGAAGCAACUGGCUUUUCUCUUUUAUUAACCACCCUUCAUUCUUUUCAGAAUGAUGGAGAACAGGAAAACCAACUAUCUAUAUCUGUAUGCGCUAAGGUUUUUACAUAUGUGAUGCGCGUGAUGACAGCAGGGGUUUCCGAUAAUGCUGUCAACCGGACAAAACUGCACACAAUACUAUCUUCACAUACCUUUUCUGAUCUUCUCUCUGAUUGUGGGUUAAUUUGUGUUGAAUGUGAACGGCAAGUCAUACAAUUGUUUUUGGAACUUGCUUUAGAGGUAGUUGUUCCUCCAUAUCUAACAUCAGAAGCUACAACAGUUUCUAAUGACAGUGGAAAUGAGUCAGCUAGUUUUCUUUUGAUCACACAAUCCGGUUCUUUUGUCCCUGACAAGGAACGAGUGUAUAAUGCUGCUGCUGUGAGAGUGCUUAUACGUGCUCUACUGCUGUUUACUCCAAAGGUGCAACUUGAAUUGCUAAACCUUAUUGAAAAGCUCGCUUGUACUAGCUCCUUUAAUAAAGAAAACCUCACUUCUGUAGGUUGCGUGCAACUUCUUCUGGAGACUAUAUACCCCUUCUUAUCGAGCUCUUCGCCAUUGGUUUCUCAUGCUUUGAAAAUUGUGGAAGUUCUUGGUGCCUACAGGCUAUCAGUAUCAGAACUCAGAAUUCUUAUCAGAUAUAUUUUCCAAAUGAGACUUGCAAGUUCUGGCCGUUGUCUUGUUGAGAUGGUUGAGAGAUUGAUUCUUUCAGAGGAUAUGGGCUCAGAAGAUGUGUCUCUUGCACCAUUUGUGGAGUUCGACAUGAGAAAGAUAGGGCAUGCUUCUAUUCAAGUGCCAUUAGGGGAAAGAUCAUGGCCUCCUGCUGCUGGUUAUUCUUUUGUUUGUUGGUUUCAGUUCCGGGAUCUCUUAAAAUCAUCGGCAAGGGAGACGGAAGCUUCUAAAGCUGGAUCUUCUAGAAGUCCUAGCAUGACAAAUGGACAACAACUGGGAGCCCAGGUUCUUCGAAUAUUUUCUGUUGGGGCUGUUGAUAGUGGUGGUUCGUUUUAUGCAGAACUUCGUCUGCAGGAUGAUGGGCUUCUAACACUUGCCACAAGCAAUUCUUCCUCAUUGACUUUUUCUGGGCUAGAAAUGGAGGAAGGUAGAUGGCAUCACCUUGCAGUUGUCCAUAGCAAACCAAAUGCUUUGGCUGGACUAUUUCAAGCUAGUGUUGCUUAUGUAUAUCUUAAUGGAAAGCUAAGGCACACAGGGAAGCUUGGAUACUCCCCCUCUCCUGCCGGGAAGUCUCUUCAGGUGACUAUUGGGACACCAGUCGCUUGUGCAAGGAUGAGUGAUUUGUCAUGGAAACUCAGGUCUUGUUACCUGUUUGAAGAGGUACUCUCACCAGGUUCCAUAUGUUUUAUGUACAUUCUUGGGAGAGGAUACAGGGGGCUCUUCCAGGAUACCAAUCUGUUGCAAUUUGUUCCAAAUCAGGCUUGUGGUGGGGGCAGUAUGGCUAUAUUAGAUUCUUUAGAUGCAGACCUGACUUUAACCUCUAACAUGCAAAAACCUGAGAGUGCUGGCAAGCAAGGUGUCUCUAAGGUGGAUCAAAGUGGAAUUGUUUGGGAUUCUGAUAAGUUAGGAAAUCUAUCACUGCAGUUGUUGGGUAAGAAACUGAUAUUUGCAUUUGAUGGUACUAGUACAGAAAUAUUCCGAGCAUCUGGCACCUUAUCCAUGCUCAACCUAGUUGAUCCUCUGUCAGCUGCUGCUUCUCCUAUUGGGGGGAUCCCACGUUUUGGUCGACUUCUUGGAGAUAUUUAUGUCUGUAAGCAAUGUAUCAUUGGUGAUACAAUCCGAACCAUUGGUGGCAUGGCAGUUGUCCUUGCACUUGUUGAAGCUGCUGAAACUAGAGACAUGCUUCACAUGUCAUUGACGUUACUGGCAUUUGCACUUCAUCAGAAUCCGCAGAAUGUGAGAGACAUGCAGAAGUACCGAGGAUACCACUUGCUAGCUCUUUUUCUUCACCGCAGAAUGUCAUUGUUUGACAUGCAAUCACUUGAGAUAUUUUUCCAAAUUGCCGCAUGUGAAGCUUCAUUUUCCGAACCAAGAAAAAUCGGAACGGUGCAAAGCAACUUAUCACCUGCUUCCACCAUUAAUGAAACCAGUUUUGAAGAACUCAAUUUAUCGAAGUUCCGGGAUGAAUUUUCGUCAGUUGGAUCUCAGGUGGAUAUGGAUGAUUUUUCGGUACCAAAAGAUUCAUUUAGUCAUAUUUCAGAGUUGGAAAAUGCAGAUGUGCCCACAGAGACAUCUAAUUGUGUUGUUCUGUCUAAUGCUGAUAUGGUUGAGCAUGUCUUGCUGGAUUGGACCCUUUGGGUGACAGCUCCUGUCCCGAUUCAAAUUUCUUUACUUGGAUUUCUUGAGCAUCUAGUCUCCAUGCAUUGGUAUAGAAAUCACAACCUUACAAUUCUUCGAAAAAUUAAUCUUGUUCAACAUUUACUUGUGACCCUGCAGAGGGGUGAUGUUGAAGUGCCUGUGUUGGAAAAAUUAGUUGUGCUACUGGGUGUAAUUUUGGAGGAUGGAUUUCUUCCUUCUGAAUUGGAACUUGUUGUAAGGUUUGUGAUUAUGACAUUCGAUCCACCUGAACUCACAUCACGUAAUCAUAUCACACGGGAAUCAAUGGGAAAGCAUGUUAUUGUACGAAAUAUGUUACUUGAGAUGCUAAUUGAUCUCCAGGUGACCAUUCAAUCAGAAGAGUUACUUGAGCAGUGGCAUAAAAUUGUUUCAUCGAAAUUAAUAACUUAUUUUCUUGAUGAGGCUGUUCAUCCUACUAGUAUGAGAUGGAUCAUGACUCUUCUAGGUGUGUGCCUCGCGUCUUCUCCUACAUUUGCGCUUAAAUUUCGAUCAAGUGGAGGUUAUCAAGGUUUGGCAAAGGUGCUUCCAAGUUUCUACGAUUCUCCCGAUAUAUACUAUAUAUUAUUUUGUCUGAUGUUUGGAAAGCCCGUGUAUCCAAGAUUACCGGAAGUGCGCAUGGUUGACUUUCAUGCCCUCAUGCCAAGUGAUAGUAACUGUGGGGAGUUGAAAUUUGUGGAACUUAUGGAAUCUGUUAUUGCUAUGGCAAAAUCAACAUUUGAUAGGUUAUUUAUGCAGUCAAUGCUUGCACAUGAAACUGGCAAUCUCUCUCAGUUUGGUGCUAGCACUGUGGCAGAGCUAAUUGAUGGGCAUGUUGACAUGGCCGGAGAGCUCCAAGGUGAAGCUCUGAUGCACAAAACCUAUGCUGCUCGCUUGAUGGGUGGAGAGGCAUCAGCACCUGCUGCUGCCACUUCAGUUCUGAGAUUUAUGGUUGAUCUUGCGAAAAUGUGUCCUCCCUUUUCAGCUGUGUGCAAACGUGCUGAGUUUCUCGAGAGCUGCAUUGACCUCUAUUUUUCCUGUGCCAGGGCUGCACAUGCUGUGAGGAUGGCAAAAGAACUCACUGUAAAAAACGAAGACAAGAAUUUGCAUGAUGGUGAUGAUAGCAGUAGCUCCCAGAAUACUUUCUCUAGCUUGCCUCAAGAAAAUGAGCCGUCAGCAAAGACUUCUAUCAGUAUAGGGAGCUUUGCCCAGACAAAUGUUAGUGCUAGUUCUGAAGAUAUGCCUAUUUUCCCAAAUAACCCGACAAGUGAAAAACCAGAGACUGGUAUUGUAGCGACACAGCUGGAAUUGCACAAAUCAGUGAAGGGAGAGGCUCAUACUGUUGGGAGUGUUGAUCGUGAAGCAGUUGACCAGGUGUCCCAUCCGACGUUUGGCAAUAAUGAACUCAACUUCCGUGAUGCAAAAAACAUGCCAGAUCAUAUUCAUCAAAAUGAUUCACAAAGUUCGUUGUCUUCCACCAUGCCUGAAUCUCCUAGUUUGUCUGAGAGAUCUAAUUCCAGGAUCCCAAUUACUCCGUCUUCAUCCCCGGUUCUAGCAUUGACAUCUUGGCUGGGGGGUGCCAGUCGCAAUGACUCAAAACCCCUAUCAGCUUCAACUCCUUCCAUGGAGUCUUCCAUGUCCAUGAAUGAUAUUGAUUCAUCUUCCAAUUUGAAGUCUGCUUCUCAGACAUCUGCUUCAAACACAUUAUUUGCAAUAAGUCCAAAAAUUCUUCUUGAAGUGGAUGAUUGUGGCUAUGGAGGCGGUCCAUGUUCUGCUGGAGCUGUUGCAGUUCUAGAUUUCGUGGCAGAAGUUCUAUCCGAUUUUGUCACUGAGCAGAUGAAAGCUGCAUCAAUUGUUGAGACUGUUUUGGAAAGUGUACCUAUAUAUGUCGAUGCUGAAUCUGUUUUAGUUUUUCAGGGACUGUGUCUUACAAGAUUGAUGAACUUUCUCGAGAGACGUCUCUUACGCGAUGAUGAAGAAGACGAGAAGAAGUUGGAUAAGAACCGGUGGUCCAUAAACUUAGAUGCACUGUCCUGGAUUAUCGUUGAUCGUGUGUAUAUGGGAGGUUUUCCUCAGCCGGCUGGUGUACUGAAGACUCUGGAGUUCUUGUUAUCCAUGUUGCAGUUGGCAAAUAAAGAUGGUCGGAUUGAAGAAACACUUCCGGCUGGCAAAGGACUCCUUUCUAUGGGGAGAGGAAGCAGACAACUUGAUGCCUAUAUUCAUGCUCUCUUUAAGAAUAUGAAUCGUAUGAUACUAUACUGUUUCCUUCCGUCGUUCUUGUAUACCAUAGGGGAAGAAGACCACCUUUCACGUUUGAGCUUGCUGAAUGAACCAAAGAAAAGAUUGUUUCUUUACUCAUCAACAGAGGAAGGUGUUGACAUUUUCACAGUUUUACAGCUACUGGUUGCUCACAGGCGGUUAAUAUUUUGCCCCAGUAAUCUUGAAACAGAUCUAAAUUGCUGUCUUUGCAUAAAUUUAAUAUCUCUUCUCCAUGACCAGAGGCAGAAUGUGCAGAAUGCAGCUGUUGACAUUCUCAAGUAUCUUCUGGUGCAUCGUAGGCCUACACUAGAAGAGUUUUUUGUCUCUAAACCAAACCAAGGGCCUUCAUUGAAUAUUCUACAUGGUGGUUUCGAUAAGCUUUUGACUGGAAACUUGUCAGGAUUUUUUGAAUGGCUGCAUACUUCUGAGUCAAUCGUCAAUAAAGUGUUGGAACAGUGUGCCGCCAUUAUGUGGGUGCAGUAUAUUGCAGGAUCAGCAAAGUUUCCCAGUGUGAGGAUAAAGGGCAUGGAUAGCCGUCGUAAGAGAGAAAUUGCGAGAAAAUCUAGGGACAUCUCAAAACUGGAGCAACGACAUUGGGAGCAGGUAAAUGAACGGAGAAUUGCACUUGAUUUAGUUCGUGAUGCAAUGGCUACCGAAUUACGUGUCAUCCGUCAGGAUAAGUAUGGAUGGGUGCUUCAUGCUGAAAGUGAGUGGCAAACUCAUCUCCCACAACUCGUACAUGAGCGAGGAAUAUUUCCAAUUAGCAAAUCAUCUGUCGACGAGGAGGAGCUUGAUUGGCGUCUUUGCCCCAUUGAAGGUCCGUACAGGAUGCGGAAAAAGCUUGAACGCUCUAAACUAAAGAUUGACACCAUCCAAAAUGUUCUGAACGGACAAUUUCUUUUAGGGGAAGGAGAACCGUCCAAGGAGAAAACUGAAAAUGCCUCCAAUAUUGAAUCAGAUCCCUUUUUCAAUCUUUUAACUGGCAAGGCAAAGGACGAGUCUUUUAAUGUUGAGUUGUAUGAUGAAUCAACUUUCAGAGAAUCAGAUGAUGCUCGGGAUAUAGCUUUUUCUGGGGUUGGAUGGAAUGACGAUGAAGAUAGUAUAAAUGAACCAAGUCUGCAUUCAGCGAUGGACUUUGGUGUUAACUCCAGCGUGGCAUCCACUCAAAGAGCAGAAAGUAUUCGGGAGAAGUCUGAAUUCGGAUCGCCAAGGCAAUCUUCUUCCAUAAGAAUCGAUGAAGUGAGAGUAUCAGAGGACAGAUCAGAUAAAGAACUAAAUGAUAAUGGUGAAUAUUUGAUUAGACCUUAUCUGGAACCUCUGGAAAGGAUCAAGUAUAAGUACAACUGUGAACGAGUUGUAGGCCUUGACAAACAUGAUGGUAUAUUUCUGAUUGGAGAACUGUCGCUCUAUGUCAUUGAGAAUUUUUACAUUGAUGAUUCCGGGUGUAUAUAUGAAAAAGAGAAUGAAGAUGAACUCUCCAUCAUUGAUCAGGCUUUGGGUGUAAAAAAAGAUUUUUCUUGUAGCAUGGAUUCCCAAACCAAGUCAACUUCAUCUUGGGGCGCUGCAGCCAAGGCAUAUACUGGGGGUAGGGCAUGGGCAUAUAAUGGUGGUGCCUGGGGUAAGGAAAAAGUGGGAAAUAAUGGUAAGGUGCCUCAUCUUUGGCGUAUGUGGAAGCUCGACAGUGUCCAUGAGCUUUUAAAGCGUGAAUAUCAGCUUCGCCCGGUUGCUGUUGAGAUUUUUAGCAUGGAUGGUUGCAAUGAUUUGCUGGUUUUCCACAAAAAAGAGAGAGAAGAAGUUUUCAAAAAUUUGGUGGCGAUGAAUCUGCCUAGAAACAGCAUUUUAGAUGCAACGAUAUCCGGGUCAACGAAACAGGAAAGCAAUGAAGGCAGCCGUCUUUUUAAGGUUAUGGCAAAAUCCUUUUCCAAGAGGUGGCAAAAUGGAGAAAUUAGCAAUUUUCAAUAUAUUAUGCAUCUCAACACUCUAGCGGGCCGUGGAUACAGCGAUCUCACACAGUAUCCAGUGUUCCCUUGGAUCCUGGCAGAUUACGAGAGCGAGAAUCUUGAUUUUUCAAAUUCAAAAACAUUCCGUAAGCUUGAGAAACCAAUGGGUUGUCAAACACUGGAAGGAGAAGAGGAGUUCAGGAAGAGAUAUGAGAGCUGGGAUGAUCCAGAAGUUCCCAAGUUCCAUUACGGUUCUCAUUACUCUAGUGCUGGGAUUGUUCUCUUCUAUCUUUUGCGCCUUCCUCCCUUUAGCACCGAGAAUCAAAAGCUUCAGGGUGGACAAUUCGACCAUGCCGAUCGUCUUUUCAACAGCAUCCGCGAAACCUGGUUUAGUGCUGCUGGGAGAGGCAACACAUCUGAUGUCAAGGAACUAAUUCCAGAGUUUUUCUACAUGCCUGAAUUUCUGGAGAACAGGUUCGAUCUUGACUUGGGCGAAAAACAAUCAGGGGAAAAGGUUGGUGAUGUUGUCUUGCCACCAUGGGCCAAGGGCAGCGUAAGGGAGUUUAUUAGGAAGCAUCGAGAAGCUUUAGAGUCUGAUUAUGUUUCAGAACAUCUGCAUCAUUGGAUAGACCUCAUUUUUGGCUAUAAACAGAGAGGAAAGGCGGCUGAGGAAGCUGUCAAUGUCUUCUACCACUACACAUAUGAAGGCAGUGUUGACAUCGACUCGGUCACCGAUCCCGCCAUGAAAGCUUCAAUACUAGCACAAAUCAACCACUUUGGACAAACACCGAAACAGCUCUUCUUAAAGCCCCACGUCAAAAGACGAACAGAUAGAAAGCUUCUCCCCCACCCUCUCAAGUACUCGACGCUGCUGGUUCCUCACGAGAUGCGCAAGACCUCAACUUCCAUAUCCCAAAUUGUGACAUUCGGCGACAAGAUUCUCAUCGCCGGUGCAAACAACCUAAUAAAACCAAGAACCUUCACCAAAUACGUCGCGUGGGGUUUCCCCGACCGCAGCUUGCGAUUCAUGAGUUACGAUCAAGACAGGCUUCUCUCCACUCACGAGAAUCUCCACGGUGGCAGCCAAAUCCAGUGCGUGAGUGCGAGCCACGACGGACAGAGCCUGGUCACAGGUGCAGACGAGGGCCUUGUCUGCGUUUGGAGAAUCGGAAAAGAGGGGCCCCGCACUCUCCAGCUCCUGCAGCUGGAGAAGGCUCUUUGUGGCCACACGGCUAAAAUCACGUGCCUCCACGUCAGCCAGCCCUAUAUGAUGAUUGUGAGUGGGUCCGACGAUUGUACAGUCAUACUAUGGGAUCUCAGCUCUUUGUCAUUCGUCAGGCAGCUCCCUGAGUUUCCCUCACCGGUUUCUGCUAUCUACGUGAACGACUUGACCGGCGAAAUCGUGACUGCUGCUGGAGUUAUGCUUGCAGUUUGGAGCAUCAAUGGUGACUGCCUUGCAGUGGUCAACACCUCGCAGCUUCCAUCUGACUUCAUCCUCUCACUUACAGGCUGUACCUUCUCCGAUUGGCUGGAAACGAACUGGUAUGUAUCGGGCCACCAGAGUGGGGCGGUCAAAGUCUGGAAAAUGGUCCACUCCUCCACUGAGGAGGCAGCACAAACAAAACAAUCGGGAAGCCCAACAGCUGGGCUGGAGCUAGGGAGUAAAGUUCCAGAGUACAGGUUGAUCAUGCACAAGGUGUUGAAGUCACACAAAUAUCCAGUCACAGCCCUCCACCUGUCGAGUGACUUGAAACAGCUGUUGAGUGGUGACUCACACGGCCACUUAAUCUCGUGGACGUUACCAGAUGAGAGCUUGAGAUAUUCGAUUAACCAGGGGUGAUAAACUCAGGUGAGAUGAUAGUGAUGGUUGGCUUGGUAUUUUAGUGUACCCUCCUUUGGUUUGGGGUGUCGUUUCUUGGGGUACUUUGGCAGUACUUUUGAGGCAAAGAAACCAUUUUACAGAUGCAAAACGGAGGCUGUAAUAUAUUGCUAAUUUUGCAGAAAGAACAAAGGAGUUUUAAACCUGGGAGUAAACAAAGAAGGAAAAUCUUCUUACCCCCUUUCAUAGCAGCUCACGGGUUCACGAAUAGGGGUCGGGUGGGAAAAGUUGGGGUGCAUAUGUAUGUUGUAUGUUUGAAGAUUGAAGUAGGGGGAGGGAGGCUUGUGCUAUAUGUAGUAUAUAUAAAAAUAUAUAUAUAUAUAUAGGUUACACAUGAUGACAGUGUAAAAUGAGGUUGUAUAGAAGAUAAGUGUUGGCUGAACACUUAUUUAUCCCUGCUAACUUUCGUGCAGCUCCAAUUUUUAUGUUUAUUUUUGUUUGUGAAAUGUACAACUACUUUGGGGGUUGUGGUAAAUAUUGCAAAACUUUUGUGGGGCUAAUAGAUUUUCCCCUUCUUCACACCUUCAAAUCUUGAAUUUAGUUUGUUUUACAUA